UGUCGCCGGCAGAGCACGGGAGCGGCGGGGAGCGCCGGCCGCCCUGCAUGGCCAGGGAUUAUGAGCGCCGGUGAGUUGCAGCAGGCGCAGCCCAGAGCCUCGGCGCCGGCGGCCGCCCCCGCGCCCCCGCAGCCCCGCAGCGCGCAGGAAGCCCCCGACAUGGCCGUGUACUGCAGCGAGAACUUCAGCGCCGCCGCCGCCGCCGCCGCGCCCUUCCUGCCGCCCGCCUCGUACGGCUGCUCGCGGGGCGGGCAGCUCGUGGGCUCGCCCCCGGCGCCCGGCUCGCCGUCGGCGGGCGGCGCGGAGCUGAGCUGGCUGAGCCUGGCCAGCCAGGAGGAGCUGCUGAAGCUGGUGCGGCCGCCCUACUCGUACUCGGCGCUGAUCGCCAUGGCCAUCCAGAGCGCGCCCGAGAGGAAGCUCACCCUCAGCCACAUCUACCAGUACGUGGCCGAGAACUUCCCCUUCUACAAGCGCAGCAAGGCCGGGUGGCAGAACAGCAUCCGCCACAACCUCAGCCUCAACGACUGCUUCCGCAAGGUGCCCCGCGACGAGGACGACCCCGGGAAGGGAAACUACUGGACCUUAGAUCCCAACUGUGAGAAGAUGUUUGACAAUGGGAACUUCCGUCGCAAACGCAAGCGGCGCUCUGAGCCCAACGCGCCCGCGGCCGCCUCUGCCGCCUCCUCUCUGGGGGGCCUGAAGGCCGAGGAAGAGAGACCCAUCCCAGCCACAGGCAAACCAUGUGGAAACAGCCCACCCCCAGAGCUGGACCCCUCACCCUCUGCCAGGGACCAUCCCAAAAGCUCCUCUCCCUCCAGUAUCAUUUCAUCCACGCCCAGCUGUCUCAGCACCUUCUUCAGCGGCAUGAGCUCCCUGAGCGGCGGGGGCAGCCGGCUGGCGGGGGGUCUCAGCAGCGACCUGCAUCACAGGAACUUCUCUGCUGGACAGCUGAGCAGUGGCACUUUCACCCCUUCCAGCAGCUCUUCUCAGGAGGUGCCUUCCCCAGAGCAGCUGCAGCGGGUCGCGGGACCUUCCCCUGCCUACUACAGCUCCUUCCACCCCAGCAGCGGCAGCCAGGGAGCCCAGUACAACCACUACUACAACUUCACAGUCAACAGCCUCAUCUACACACGGGAUGGGACAGAGGUGUAGGGUGCUGGGGCAGCCAGCCAGUGCUGCAAAGGGAAAGGGAGUUGGACCGUGCGCUUUUGCAAACAGCAUUUCAACGUGGACACUUCCCAGGAGUUCUUCCAGGAAGACUGAUCUUCUCAUCUUUCGAAAUAAGAACACCCCUUAAGCACCAGCAGAAGGCAGAUGCAAUGUUUUUUUCCCCCUUCCGUGAAAGCGUUAGGUGGUGUAGAUGGUUUGCCAUCUAAACUUUGCAGGCGUGAACUGAAUUAAUGUUUUCAGAGGUUUCCAAUCCUGAAUGUAGAACAAGAAGUUUAAAAACCAUAGCCAUAAAGUGGUAUUGGCAAGAGCCAAGCGUAGACAUCCAGUGAGUCUUAGAAGAGAGCAGGAAAAAAAAAAAAUGAAGAGAUUUCUUAUGAAGUGCCUUGUACAAUGUAUUAAAAAACCUCUUCUGCCAGCAAUUGCCUCUGUAAGCCCUUGCUUGUGCCCUGAUCCUGCAAUAUGCAAUGCACAGGGGGAACACCCUGUAUAAACCCCCACCCAAAACCUCCUCAAACCCACAGAGGGUCUUCCUGUGCCUGGCAUAUUGUACAGCAGGGCUGUGUCUUGUAAAACAAUCUUCUUUCCCUGAGCUUAGUACCAAAGAGAACUUUAGCCAUGCAGCUUUAGCACAAGAAUAAACACUGGGGUAUUUUUAUACAUAUUUGUACGUAAUGUAACUCUUCUGUACAUACAUUUCUAUGUGGUUUUAUAUUUGUAAAUUAUGCUCUGGAGCUGUACUUAUUUAUAAUGUGUUUUAAACUUUGUUAAAGUUUAUUUUACUUUGUUUCCCCCCCUUUUUGUUGUUUUAUUUGUUUUGAAUUUUUUUGUUGGUUUUGUUUUUGUUUUUAGUGUACUACUGAA